CAUGGCAUCCAACUCCAAACAGAGUUUACAUAUGAAUCCAGGACAAGGGGAAACAAGCUAUGCCCAGAACUCAGUAAUUCAGAAAACAGCGCAAGAGAGGAUGAAGACUCUGAUAGAGGAGGCCAUGACAGGCCUAUACAACACAGCAACGAGCAGCAGCCCUCUUCAUCAGAAGGAGCUGGUGAUCGCAGACCUGGGCUGCUCCUCCGGACCAAACGCGCUCACGCUCGUCUCCGCCGCUGUCGACGCCGUCGUCGUCCACCGUCGUCACUGCGCCGGCGUGCAGCAGCUGCCACCGCCGGAGCUGUGCGUGUUCCUCAACGACCUGCCUGACAACGACUUCAACACCGUGGCGAAGAGCUUGGCCGCGCUGAAGCAGAGCGCUCGUCCUGCCGCCAUGGUCACCGCCGGCAUGAUACCUGGCUCCUUCUACGAUCGGCUGUUCCCUCGUGCGUCGCUGCAUCUGGUUUGCUCGGCGAACAGCCUGCAUUGGUUAUCCACGGUCCCGGAAGAGCUCUCAAGCGGUGCCCAUCUGAACAAAGGGAACAUCUACGUCGGGAAGACGACGCCCCCAGCCGUCGUCAGAUUGUUCAGGAAAAAGUUCAGAGAGGACUUGUCGCUGUUCCUCGCGCUACGAGCACAAGAACUUGUUAGCGGCGGCCGCAUGGUGCUCACGUUCCUCGGCCGGAAGAGCGCAGAAAUGCUGUCGCACGGCGACGUGGGCAGCAUGUGGGAGCUGCUGGCCCAGGCUCUCGCAAUUUUGGUCCAAAAGGGCCGCGUGAAGGGGCGGGACCUGACCGCCUUCAACCUGCCGUUCUACGCGCCAUCCGUGGAGGAGGUGACGGAGCUGGUGGAGGAGAGCGGCCUCUUCGACGUCGACCACACCGGCGUCUUCGAGUCCACCUGGGACCCGCACGACGACUCCGCCGCCGGCGACGACGACGAGGUGGCCGACUGCGCCCGCAGCGCCGAGAACGUCGCCUACUGCAGCAUCAGGGCCGUGGUCGAGCCCCUCAUCGCCGGCCACUUCGGCGAGGGCAUCGUCGACGAGCUCUUCGAGGUGUAUGGCACCGUCGUCGCCGAGCAUCUCUCGAAAGGGAGGGCCAUGUACCCUGUCAUAGAUGUCUCCUUGAAGUUGAAGGGAAGGCUCUCAUCCAGAAUACAACACUCGGAUAGUCGAACUCUUUGA